AUGGGGCGGUGGCAGGAAAGCCGUAGGAAACACCGUCCUUUCUUGCAGAGCCUGCAGCAGUCGUGCUCUGGCAGCCCCAUCGUGAUCCUUCGCAAUGUGCAGACUACCCCGAAAAUGUCACCCGCUGUCGAGCACAAGCCCGAGACCAUCCGUCUCAUCACCAAGGACUUCAUCCGUGACCUCAUCGUCCCUGUGGAGAACCCAGCAACAUCCCUCAUUAUUGGCCAGGAGGAUUUCCAGCGCAUUAAAGCAGCAGCUCAAGUCCUGACCAAGGAGGAGCAUGAGGCCAAGCUGGCAGCCCUCAAAGCAGAGAAGGAAGCUGUUCUUGAGGCGGUGAGCGAGCGCAAGAGUGCAGCAAAGCAAAGGGCUGUCCUGCAGCAGCAGACGGGGAAGCUGAGCGAGCUGGAGGAGGAGGCGCGGGAGCGGGCCCAGUACCUGCUGCAGCGGGCGAGCAGGAUGCGCAUGGAGCAGGAAGACGAGAUCAAGGAGUUCAGCGAGCUGAUCCUCGGUGCCAAGUGCCACAUGAUCCGUGACACGCAGAUCCUUGAGAAGCAGCUCAUCGCAAAAGAGCUGGAGGAAGAAGAGAAGCGCCUGGCCAAGAUGAUGGAGGUGGAGAGGAAAAAGGCCGACGAAAUGCAGGAGGAGCUGGAGCGCAGGAGGAAGCAGGAGCUAAUCAGAGGGAGGCAGGAGCUUGUGAAGCAGAUGGAGCAGAACGCUGAGGAGCAGGCUAUGAGAGCCGAGCAACGGGACCAGGAGGCACAGGAGCUGCUGGAGUACUUGGAGCAGUUGAAGAUGGAGGACCUGAAGGACUUGGAGCGGAGACAGGAGCAACAGAAGAAAAUCCAGGCUGAGAUUAAACGCAUCAAUGAUGAGAACCAGAGGCUCAAGGAGGAGCAGCAGGAGCAGGAGAGGAUGGCAGAUGAACGGGUGCUCAAGUACCAGAGGCAGAAAAUGGAGCGUGAGGCAGAGUUUGAAGCUGAGCAGGAGAGAAUCCGCCGGGAGAGGGAGAAGGAGACAGCACGCUUGAGAGCCAUGCAAGAGAGGGCCCAGGACCAGCAGGCAGAGCAGGACGCACUGAGGGCCAAGCACAGCCAAGAGGCUGCCGAGCGAGAGUGGCGACGCAAGGAGAAGGAGGCAGCGCAGAAGAAGACCGAGAUGGAGCAGAUGCUGAAGCGGAGUCGUCUGGAGCAGAUUGCCCAGCGGGAGCACAGCAUGGCUGUGCAGGUGCAGCAGGACCGCCACGAGUUCGAGAGGAUCCUCAGGGCCCAGCGGGAGCAGAUGGAGAAGGAGAAGGCAGAGGAAGCGCGGAGGGCACGUCUGCAGCUUGCCCAUGCUAACGAUGUCCGGCGCCAGAUGCGGGAACGUCAGCAGCAGCUGGCGCAGGAGCGGGUGGCUGCCUUUGAGGAGUGGCAGGGGCUGGAGGAGGAGGCCCGCCAGCGCAGCCAGCGCAUCGCCCAGCUCAAGCAGCAGAAGAUGCAGGAGCUCAGAGCCUCCGGGAUCCCUGAGAAGUACUGUGCCCAGGUGGAGCGGAGGGCCCUGAGCCGAUCAAGCACAGCCCCUGGCCAGGCUCAGCCACAUGAUGAGAGGAGCUCCAGUUCCCCAGCCACUUAG